AUGCAGUGGACGAUUUAUGCCCUCGCCUCUCUUAUCCUGACACCAAUGUGUCUCGCUGAUCCACUAGCAAUGGAUAACUUGGUAAUCGACUCCAUGACGCUCGCAAAGAAUCCAGGGCUCCUGGGGCGGGAUAUGGUGUUCAAUGAUCGCGACGGGAAAGUCUGCCAUUCAUGUAUCAAGAGGUGCUGCCCGGUGAAAACACCCAAUUGUUGCCUGGGAACCGGUCACUGCUGCCCAGCCCGCAGGGGUGCCUGCAGUCCACCAUACACAGGGUGCCUAAAUUAUACAGGCCGCCGAAAUGAUAAUCCACCGGGUGACUUCCGGACCUCCCAAUUGCCCCUGAAAUUCAUUCAAAAUGCAAUACAAAUGGUUUUUCCGGUGCUCAAAGACCUACCAGCCGAGGUUUUUGCUCAAGAUCCUCAACUUGCUCAACCGUCAAUAACUCUUUUGGGUAAUCGUCGAUUGCUUCGCAGUUUCUAUGUGGUGAUUAUGCUUGCUCGUGACGUCUUCCUUGAGGGUGUCCAUGGCUAUGGGAUUUAG